UUUGUGAAGGGGAGCUACAGGGGAUUUGUCUACUGUGGUGACGCAAAUGAGACAGCGGAUUCCCGGAUCACGUGACGGUACAAGCUAUCGUGGUGUCGUCUCAUUCAGGAUAGGAAAUUAAAUUCGUGUACUCAAAUAAAGUGACAAAAUGGCUCAUGCGUUUAAAAACUGUUCAAACCUAAUGGUCACCGGAGCCAGUCGAGGCCUCGGGCUGCAGAUAGUUGAGAGUCUAGUAACGGGAGGCUUCUCUCCCGGGAAGAUUAUCGCUACUGCUCGCAAUCCAGAUGGAGCCAAGGAAUUGCAAAUGUUGGCAGAAGAACAUCAACACAUACACAUUAUUAAACUGGAUGUUACAUGUCAGGAGAGUAUAGAGAGAGCUGCAUCUGAGGUGGAACAGCUUGUUCAUGAGGAAGGUCUGAACUGUCUCAUCAACAAUGCUGGAAUUAAUGUAGUUGCCAACCUUGAGACAGUCACCGCAGACAAGAUGUUGGAAAACUUCCAUACCAACUCUGUUGCCCCGUUGAUGAUCACCAAGGCCAUGCUCCCACUGCUGAAGCGAGCAGCUGCAAAGGGCACAGGGAUGGGGAUGGGCAUCCACAGAGCAGCAGUCAUCAAUAUGACGUCUCUUCUGGGUUCAGUUGAGCUGUACUGGGGUGAUCGUGCCAACACCUUCAAAUGGUACCCAUACAGAACAUCAAAGAGUGCACUGAACAUGGUCACCAGAUGCUUGGCAGUGGACCUGGAGGCAGAUGGGAUCCUGUGUAUGGCUCUGCACCCAGGCUGGGUACGCACUGAUAUGGGUGGACCUGAAGCACCAUUGAGCCCUGAGGACAGCAUUUCCUGUGUGUUGUCUGUGAUUGGUGGUUUGACUGAAAAGGAUCAUGGGUCAUUUCUUCACUAUACUGGUGAACAACUACCCUGGUGAUGCUGCAGAUGUUUUCAGAUGCAAGGAAAAAGAGGCUUUAUUUUUGUUUUGCUAUACAUGUAUAUUUAUAUACUGAAUAAUCAACAUUCUUGUUCUUAUCAUCCCUGCUUAUAAAAUGUUAUUUUAUUAUUUGGGAUGGUGAAUGUGACAGCAAUAAGAGAGGAUCAUGAUUAAAUUAUUUUGACAUUGGCAUUAAAAGCACUGAAAUAAUGAUAACAUCUUGUAAAUGAUAAACCAUCUUUUCAUCACUUAUUCUUGUUUAACUGCAACAAACAGCCAAAAAUUUGCGAAUAACAUUCAGAUUUUAAGCUAUAAUCGUAAAAUAAAGCAGGGUAUGACAGUCAUCAGAAAAGGACAACAAAAACUAUGUUUUAGCCUAUUUAUUAUUUAUUUAUAGCUUUGUAAAGCAUAAAAAUGAUGUAUGUGGCGUUUCACAUUAAAGAUUGUACUGAGUUUGCUAUUAUUGUUAAAUCAUAAAAAUAUAGAUGUAUGAAUAAAGCUGUAUUCUGGAA